AUGGAGAGAAAGGGAGAGCUCUCCCUCGUGGGAAAGUACAUAAGGAGCAGGAUAAAAGAGAUAGAAAUAAACAUGCAGGUGCGGGAGAUAAAGGAGCCCUCGCACAUAAACAACACUUCGUUCGAGGACCACAUGAGGGAAAGGCUCGGCAGAGCCAAAAAGAGAAAAAUUGAUCCAAACUCUGCAGAAAAUUCUGAAAAAGAUACGCUUUCACUCUCGUCUGAUUUUGAGGCUGAGUCUGAGCCCGUGCAGGAGGUGAAGCCGCCGCGCAAAAAGAUGAAGUGCGGAUGCACAACGCACGAGGCAGAAAAGCCCAGCAAAAAGGCAGAAAUUCGGGCAAAUAGAAGAAAAAGCAUAAACUAG